GGCAACGAGAGGCAGAAGAAGAGGCGGCUGCACACAUUCGGCAUGGCUUCCGUGGAGCGCAGCAGAUUGAUUGGCGUGAUUGAUGCAGGCACGAAUAGUGCGGGGUUUGUGAUUUUCAAACUACCGGAAUUUGAGGAGAUUGCAUCGCACCAAAUUCGCAUCACGCAGAUUGUCCCACGCGACGGUUGGACUGAGCACAAUCCGGUGGAAGUGUUGGAAGCGGUACGGCUCUGUGCGGUGGAAGCAUGCCACCAGGUGGAAAAGCUCGGAUAUCUCGUCAAAGAUAUCGCCGCCAUCGGUAUUACGAACCAGCGGGAAACGACUGUCGUGUGGGACAAAAACACCGGAGAACCUUUGUACAAUGCCAUCGUAUGGAACGAUAUACGGACGGAUAAAACGGUCGAUCGAGUAUUGGCCCGGUUACCGGAACAGAACCACAAUCAUUUCCGGGCAUUAUCUGGUCUCCCGAUUUCUCCCUACUUUUCCGCCCUGAAACUGAACUGGCUCAAGGACAAUGUGGUGGCAGUACGGAAGGCGUGCCGGGAGAAACGUUGCUACGCCGGUACGAUCGACACGUGGUUGGUGUGGAACUUGACCGGUGGUCCACAUGGUGGUGCAUUCGUGACGGACGUAACCAAUGCCUCCCGGACGCUUCUGAUGAACAUCGAAACACUGCACUGGGAUCCGUUGUUGACGAAAACGUUCUCCGUUCAUCCGGACAUGUUGCCGGAGAUUCGGAGCUCGUCGGAGAUUUACGGGAAGGUGAAGGAUAGCAGUGUGCUGGAUGGUAUUCCGAUCAGUGCUAUACUUGGCAACCAGCAGGCAAGUCUCAUCGGGCAGCGAUGCUUGAAGGAGGGACAGGCAAAGAAUACUUAUCGAAGGGGAUGCUUCUUGCUGUACAAUACAGGCACGAGGUGCGUUCAAUCAACACACGGCUUGGUGACGACAGUAGCGUACCAGAUGGGACGGAAUGCACCGCCGGUGUACGCGCUGGAAGGGUCGGUUGCGGUAGCCGGUGUUGCCAUGAACUGGCUGCGCGAUAACCUUAAAAUAAUCAAGGACAUCAAGGACUCCGAGCAGAUCGCUGGCAGCGUGUCAUCGACGGGUGAUGUUUACUUCGUACCUGCAUUCACGGGACUGUACGCGCCCUACUGGCGAAAGGAUGCGCGCGGCAUAUUUUGUGGUUUGACCAGUUUCACUACCAAGCACCACUUCGUGCGGGCCGCCUUGGAAGCGGUAUGCUUCCAGACACGGGACAUUCUCGAAGCGAUGAAGAAAGACUGCGGCAUUAACCUCAACAAGCUACACGCGGACGGUAGUAUGGCGAGCAACAGUCUCCUAAUGCAGCUGCAGGCAGAUUUGGGUGGCAUUCCUGUGCUGAGAACAGAGGUACACGAUCCGGCCGCACUCGGUACCGCGAUGGCCGCAGCACAGGCGAACGGUGUGGACUUGUACAAGCUGGAAGCGGAAAUCCGCGGUUACACAGGUGUUCAAUCACACCACGAAACAUUCCUCCCGACGACGACCGAAGAGGAACGGAAUGCACGGUACACCAAGUGGAAAAUGGCGGUCCAGCGGAGUUUGGGCUGGGCUGUAUCGAAGAAGAGUGAAGCUAUGACGGACGAACGUUACAGCUUGUUGGCCUCUAUUCCGGCUGGACUGUUCCUUGCCACCAGCUUCCUGAUGUUGGUCCAUUCGCAACGGCGGUGAGUGAGUGCUGCAUCGGCC